UGAAAGAGCAAGACAGCAUUGUCUACACGUGUGUUGGAAAAACCAAGGAAAUGAGUUUUCAACCCCAUAAUGAUAGCAGUGAUACACAAUGCCUGAUCGGGACAAAAAGUUGAAGAGCACAGAAUAAGCAAUAGAAAAAAAACCUCCUGGGAUCUCUCUGAGAGAUUAUUCUGAUCUAAAAAGGCUUCAGUCUCUCUUAAGUGUUCAGUCAAGGAGCCAACAGCUUCCAGCUAUAUAUAUUAAAAGUGGUCAAACCAGUGCGACAAGAACUUUGCAGAAUGUCAAAAGCAAUGAACAAAAGUCCAGUGAUCAAUGGCAAGAAUCAACAGAAGCUGUUGAGCUUUAAAAAUGUAGCGAAACCUACAAGAAUGAGAGAAAUUUUAGCAAACAUCCCAAGCUUCAGCUUUUUCAAGAUAUGUUUACAAAUUUAGUUAAGGACAGACUUACCUGCAGGUCGUGGGUUAUUCAAGCUCUGUCCAUCCAUUUUCUUAGAGUAUUAAUCUGCCUGAGAUUAUUAAUAAGGGAUUCAUGCUACCAGGUCAUCCUCCACAGCCUGGGUGGAAUUGAUAGUCUAGCUCAGUGUAUGGAAACAGUAGCAAAUCAUUAUCUUAAUGCAGAGCAGCACAAUGUAGACAAGUUGGUCAACAUGACAUACAUUUUCCAAAAGCUUGCUGCUGUUAAAAAUCAAAGAGAAUGGGUUAUGGCAAGUGGAGCAUAUAAAACCUUAGUAGAUUUGUUAUCUGCUAGAGACAGCCAUGUAUUUUUUGGUGCCCUCCUUGCUCUGACUAGUUUAACAGAAAGUCCAGAAUGUAGGGAGAAGAUAAGUGAGCUCAACAUUGUUGAGAACUUGCUGGUGAUAUUACAUGAAUAUGAUUUCCCUCUAAAAGCAGAGUUGCUAUGACUCCUUUGUGUAGAGUCACAAGUCAAAGAUCAAAUAAAAAUGUAUGAAGGAGUUCCAGUCUUGCUCAGUUCACUCCAUUCUGAUUACAUCAAACUUCUAUGGAGUAUUGUUUGGAUUCAGGUACAGCUUUGUGAAAAUCCUGAGACUAGUGUGGAAAUUCUAAUCUGUGGAGUCAAGCAGCUCCUUCAUAUGUUACAGGAGGAUAGAAGUCUUGUGUCUGACUGCUCUUCAGUUGAAAGCUUAUCCAGUGCAAAUGCAACAGGGAGAAUCCAGCAUCUUCAUUUGUCAGAUGGGCUCAGUCCUGAUGAGAUACAAGAAAAUACUUUCUUGCUUCGUGCAACUUUUUGUGCUGCAGUUACUGGACUGGUGCUCAAUGAGACUAAUGCUUACCAGGCUGAACAGGCAAAUGCAAUAUAUACAAUAGUAAAGCUAAUUUUACCAAACAAAGAAAGGAAUGCUGAACAAGCCAGUUUAUUACAGUCUUAUGCUUUCAGUGCCUUGAGAUUUCUCUUCAGUGUGGAAAGAAAUCAAUGUAUUUUUAAAAGACUUUUCCCUACUGACUUGCUUGACAUCUUCAUUGAUAUUGGAUAUUAUGUGCAUGAUAUCAGAGUUUAUGAAGGGUUGGUAUCAAAGCUAAAUUAAAGGUAAGAGGAUGUAUUGAAGCAAAUUGCUGAUCAGAAUCAGAAUAAGGCACCCACAAAGCAUAUAGGAAAUUAUGCAAUUUUAGAGCACCUUAGUGGUGCUUUUUGAAGUGUUAGAAAACAUAAUGGACAGCAUCUCCUGGCAAUGAAAGAAGUCAAUUUAUGCAAUCAAGCAUUUGGAAAGGACAAAAAGAGAGAGGCAGGAGUAAAAAAUAUUGUUUCUGAAUUAACCAUCAUCAAGGAGCAGCUUUAUCAUCCAAAUGUUGUAUGGUAUUACAGAACCUUCUUGGAAAGAAUAAUUGUUGCUGACUCUGGGCUUGCAAAGCAAAAGCAAGAAAACUGCAAACUUGCAUCAGUAGUGGGAGCUGUCCUAUACUCUUGUCCUGAAGUUGUAAAGGGUGAGCUGUAUGGAGAGAAGGCUGAUGUCUGGGUUGCAGGAUGCAUCCUUUAUCAGAUGGCCACUCUGAACCCAUCAUUUUACAGCAGCAAAAUGCUCUCCUUGGCAACUAAAAUUGUAGGGGCUGUGUAUGAACCUGUGCCAGGAGGACUGUACUCUGAAAAAGUCUCAUUUACCAUUAAAAGCUGCUUGACUCCUGGUGCAGAGGCACAUCCAGACCUGCUGGAUGUCAUCUCUCUGUCUGAUGUGAUGAAAUACAUGGAUGUUUUAUCCACCCCUCAUCUCGUGUUGGAGAAGAAACUGGAUGGGGAGAGAAGAUGAACCCAGUGGUACUUCAUGGAGGCUAAUCAAAAUGCAGUAACCCAGCACCAUCAGCUUUCCAUUUUAUCACAAGUAACAUUCCAUAAAUUGAGUCUACAUAGUAGCAGCAGUGGAGCAGCCAGUUGCAAAAGUGAAUUUUCAGAAAACACUGACCUUCCAGUUGGCAGUUGUCAGCCUGCACAUAGAAAAGAUGAGGAAAGAACAUAUGAAGCAAUCUUGGUAGAGGAUGACAGGACUAUGGAGAGUGUUUUGUUUGGUAUUUUCUCUGAAUUAGACAAUGAGGUAGAUAAAGUGGACAAUUCAAGCAGCUCCAGAUCAAAUAAUUUGAAAGAGUCUGCUAUUGGUGUAAUGAAACAAAGUUUUAGUGUUUCUGAAAGACAAGCUCAGAUGAGUUUAGAGAUAAUUGUACUUACGAGAGGAAUUGCUGCAUCACAAAGGAAGGUGCAGCAGAUCAGUGACCCUGUUCAGCAGAUUCUUAUUCAGCUGCACAAGAUUAUCUUCAUCACUCAACUUCCUCCAGCUUUGAGAUGCAACUUGGAAAGGAGAAUUGUUGGGUGAUUCAAGAAUCAGAGCAAUCCUUGUAAACUGAAAUGAGAAAGCAAAAAGAUCUUUCUCGGUUCUCCUGACCCGAUUGAACCCAAUAUCUUCACAGCAGAUGGGCAUGGGGUACAUCUUUCUUCAGGUGGAAAUAUGUUGCUUCCAGAUGGUAGAAAAGGCAUUCUUGGCACUUCUGGAAUGGCAGAAGGGAUGAUACAUGAGCAGUUGCAGACUCUAACUAAAAGGCUUCUAGAGGAAUGUGGUUAUUACAGUUUUUCUUCUAACAGGCAGAACAGACUCGACCUGGGGAUAUUAGUUGAAUUUAUUACCGAUCAGAAUCAGAGCAGGAUAAUAAGAAGCAAAACAAACCUUAAAAUUACCUCCCCCACUCGCCUCUCUCCUUCCUGGGCUUUACCUCCUCCCCCAAAGUGGGCAGAGAGACAGGGAAUGGGGGUUACAGUCAAUUCAUCACAGGUUGUUCCUGCCACUGUUUAG